AUGAACUCGUCACCUUUUUAUGGAGCUGUUCUAGUGGAAAGAGCAGCAUUAAACCGUCACGAUGAAAACCUGGUCAAAAAAGCGGUCGACUAUCUUGCGUCGAUAAAGAGCUGCAAUAGUCCCACUCUGCACUUGCUUUUGCAAUCGGGCUACAAACCUUCACGGGCAGCUGUGCAAGGUCUGCUUUCCAAGUCAGUCCCAACAUCAAUUAAAGAUAUCGUGGUAGCCAAGGUUGUUGCCCACGAAUAUUCCGAAGCCAUUGCGCUUCUUGAAAACGACGAGCACUUAGGAAUCCUGAAAAAGCUCGAAUAUAUGGUUCAGGUGCUUAUACUGUGCCGGAAGUGGAAAGCGGUAGAUGAAAUCAACCACAGGUUUACCUCGUAUGCCAAAUCCAAGCAUAGCCAAUAUGAUGUCACUGAUCAGAACAGUCACACAGCUAUAAGGCUGCUUUUAUGUGCUGCCUACAACCUCCAGGGCAGAUUUCUUGAUUGUCUGCAAUGCUUUUUGACUGUGUUGGAGGAAUAUCCAGCUGUUGUUUCUCAAUUGGCCGGCGAGUGUGAAGAGCCUUUCUGCACACAUGAUGAGCUUAUUACAAUGAUAUCCGUUUCCAUGAUAGUCGCAAUACCUUUAGACAACUACGAAAAUUUCGUGCAGCUGGCAGAUCUUGAGCCCUUUUAUCAGGUUGCCAAGCCCUUGACAAAGUGGUUGAAGCUACUUAUCGGUACGAGCUAUCGCGACUUUUUGCAUGAAUGGGAGCUGCUCAAUGAAAAAUGCUCCGAAAGCAUUUUCCUCUCUCAAAAAUGGAGCGCCGCUAAGAGGUCUGUGCGGGACAAAAUCUACUUCUUUUAUCUCAGGAUUUCGAACACUCUUGAAAUUCCUUACCUAUCCGAGACGUUAUGUCUUGAUCAAAGUAUGGUGCACGACGAAAUCCAAAUGCUUAUCGAGGAAUUGAGGCUGAACUUUGUCAUUGAUGGCAUUGUGAUAAGUUACAAAGAGAGAUACAAUAAAAGAAGGCUUGCGAGGGGCUUAUUAUUAUCAGAAAAUUUGUUACAGAACAAGCUUGAGUCACUUGAAGACGAAAAUAAUGUUCUUAGGUCAAAAGUUCAAAGCUCUAUGAACGGGCAAAUUGUACAACAGGGGAGUCAGCUAUGUGGUAAUAGCCCACAGACAAAUUACUUGGAAGAAAACAUUGACGAUUGCGGGUUUGCUGGCGAGAACGACCGCGAGCCUUAUUAA